AUGGACCAAUCCACCCUGAUCGAUGCCCAGGUGCAUUUCCUGGAGGAACCUGUCGCCUUGGUGCACAUCCCUUUGGAGCUAUACCCGUACUUUGUCAAGUCCGUGUUGAACUUGAUCUUUGACGAGACUCCACCUCUGGAGGAUGCUCCUCAGGAUGAUGCGGACGAGUACAAGCCGCCGGCAUUCAUGAAUGUCUCUAUCACACCGGUCGAGGUCUCCAUCAUAUGCCCCAGACGGUUACUCGACAAGUACUUUGUCCCCGUCAUAGAUGAGCUCGGUGAGCUCGAUGCCGCCCUGCAAGCUCGCCUGGUCGUGAGUGACAAGACCUUCAUUGUCAUGCAAGUCCUCGGGGAAGGACUCGAGGCCGGCAGGCGAGUCUUGGAUCUGACCACCCCGCUCGCGCUGGCAGGAAUCUCUAUCUUCUUCAUCUCCACCUACUUCUCCGACUAUAUCAUGGUCCCCGAGCAAAGCAAACGAAGCGUGAUGACCGCGCUAGAAUCCAGAGGCUUCCAGUUCGACGAUGAAACAGCGGUCCUGGUCAGUCCACUAAGCCCAACCAUUGAAAAGAGCUUGAGCGAUCUCAUCCCACCCCGAACACCCCCACCCUCCACCCUCGCCGAGCUCCAAAGCCGCACCUUUGCCACUCUCCACAACCGCCAGAUCACCCCCACAGUCGACCCAGACCUCCGACUAGUCCAAUGCGCCGCGCACCACGAGUACCACAGCUCAGAGAGCUCCAUGUCCAUUCUCCGCGACGCCCUCACCACCGUGCUAGUCGUAGACAACCCGCGCUUCCUCUCCCUAACCCUAGCAUCCCUCGACCCAGCCGCCUCCCUCCUCCUAGAAAAGCGACUCUUACCCCGCUUCGCCCGCCACGGCGACUACGAAGACGGCUCGGGCCUCCUCCUCGGCUCAAAAGAAGACCACUUGAUCCCUAUCACUCUAGAUCUCCGCGAUCUCCCCCUCGAGGCAUCCGGUAUCGUCUGCGGUGUCGCCGGCCGCCUAGCCGAAGCCGCCCGACCCCUACACUCACCAAGUCCCAGCGCCCUCAGCAGUGCCAGCAGUGUAACAGGCUCGGUACCGCGAUUAUUCGAGUCGUUCGGCACGCGACUGACGGAACCCACGCCGGCGCACAAUCUAGCCCCGCUCAGCCAUCUACCUGCCAAUGUGGAGGGGGAGGCGGUGGAGAUUAGUUUCUUGAGUACAGCGCGGGCGGGCACGAUUAUUGUUGGGGAGCACGAGUUGAUGAGGGCCGUUGCUGAGUUGCGCACAGAUGAUCGGCAAUGA